GGAGGUGGGACUUUCCACAGCAGCGUUGCACUGCGGACAGUCAGUGCAGGUCAGCACUGUUGCCAAACAUGAAGAAAAUCAGCUGGUUCACCGCCUGGCAUGUCCUCGCUCUCACGACUACUGUAACUGCAAUGCUCCAUCCAGAUUGCGACAUCGCAUCAGAGAUAAGGCGGGCGAAGAAGGAAUGUUUGCGAAGAAUUCGGGAGAUUGGAAACUCAUCUGUCUCAGGCUGCAACAUGACCUGGGAAAAUGCUCUGUGCUGGCCAAGUGCCGAACAUGGAGAGACCGUCAGCGUGUCCUGUCCCCCGGUCUUCCUACACUUCAGUCCCGUGUUAGGGAUGUUCUGGAGAAACUGUACCAGUGAAGGUUGGUCGGAGGCAACACCGUCAGGCAUGGCAUCCUGCAUACUAAACGAGACCUCUCAUGCCGAAGAGGUGAGUCCCUUUUUCACAAAGAGAACUACGUUUUCCACUCAGCUCAAAAACUGGAGCGCCCGGAGAAAACCCGGGCAAUCUCAGGGAGAACGUGCAAACUCCACACACAGAUCCGAGGUCAGGAUUGAACCUCUGGCAUUGAGGCUGCAGGUCUACCAGUUGUGCCACUGUGCCACCCCGCCACUCCCCAGCUGCCUCAACCACAUCCGAAUUACUAUUAGAGAUGUGAAAUUCCAUUACUUUUCUAACCCUGUUGCACUGACAUAUUUAGACAUUACUGUAGACUUUAAAGAUACCAUGUGGAAAAAGGCCCUUCGGCCCACCGAGUCAAUGCCGACCAGCGAUCACCCCGUAGUCUGGUACUUCAUUACAAUACAAACAAUCUACACUGUGGGCUACAGUCUCUCGCUCAUUGUGCUCUCCAUUGCUGUGGUCAUUUUGCUGAUCUUCAGGAACCUACACUGCAAUCGGAAUUACAUCCACAUCCAGCUGUUCAUCUCAUUCAUCCUCCGGAGUUUGUCCGUGAUGAUCAAGGAUGCCGUACUCUUUGGCAACGCCAACACUGACCACUGUGACCUCUCCACGGUGGGCUGCAAGGUAGCAGUUGUGUUCUGCUAUUUCUCCACGAUGACAAAUUACUUCUGGUUGUUGGUGGAGGCUCUGUAUCUCAACCUGCUGCUGCUGGUCACGUUCUCCUACGACCGAGGUUACAUGUGGUGGUGGAGCCUGCUGGGUUGGGGUGUUCCAACUGUGUGCACGGCAGCCUGGGUGGUCACUAAAUUGCAGUUUGAGAACACAGAGUGCUGGGAUGUUAUAGAAGACUCUCCAUAUUGGUGGAUUGUCAAAGGACCAAUUGUGGCCUCUGUUGCAAUCAAUUUGGUGCUUUUUGUUAACAUCGUCAGGAUCUUGGUUCAAAAACUGAUUCCCAGAGACCUGCAUCUGGCCAAUUCCGUGCAGUACAGGCGUCUGAUGAAGUCCACCAUGCUGCUGGUUCCUCUGUUUGGGAUCCACUACAUUGUUUGUGCCUUUCCACCAAACGGAGCGGUCCUGGCAAUAAAGCUUUACCUCGAACUCUGCAUCGGGUCAUUUCAGGGUUUGACAGUAGGAAUCCUGUACUGUUUUAUGAAUCAGGAAGUAAGUGGAAGUAAUGUGUUAACUAACCUCCUCUCUUCCAGAUGACAUGCAAAGUAAUUCUUAGCGAUGGUAAGCAGGUGAUGAAAAGUGGCCAUCAUAGAGUCAUACAGCACGGAAACAGGCCCUCCGGCCCAGCUUGCCCAUGCUCACCAUCACUACACUAAAGGAGGUAGUUGAGACAGGAACUAUAACAACAUCUAGACAGAAGACAU